AUGAAACUUCUGGGCGUGGGAAUGGGUCAGGACCAAACCAAACAGCAGAUCCAGAAAGGACUUCAGCUUUACCAGUCUAAUCAGACAGAGAAAGCUUUGCAGGUUUGGACUAAAGUGUUGGAGAAGACCACAGAUGCAGCAGGCAAAUUUCGAGUUCUUGGUUGCCUUAUUACUGCGCACUCAGAGAUGGGAAGGUAUAAAGACAUGCUAAAGUUUGCAGUGAUCCAGAUAGACACAGCACGAGAGCUGGAGGACCCAGACUUCUUGACGGAAAGCUACCUGAACCUGGCCCGCAGCAAUGAAAAGCUGUGCGAAUUUCAGAAGACCAUCUCCUACUGCAAGACUUGUCUGAACAUGCAGGGGACAUCUGUCAGCCUGCACCUGAAUGGACAGGUGUCACUGAGCCUGGGGAAUGCCUAUCUGGGUCUCAGCGUGUUCCAGAAGGCCUUGGAAUGCUUUGAGAAGGCCCUGAGAUAUGCUCAUAACAAUGAUGACAAGAUGCUGGAGUGUCGGGUCUGCUGCAGCCUGGGGGGCUUCUACACCCAACUCAAGGACUUUGAGAAGGCCCUCUUCUUUCCAUGUAAGGCAGCUGAACUAGUUAACGACUAUGGGAAAGGCUGGAGCCUGAAAUACAGAGCCAUGAGCCAGUACCACAUGGCCGUGGCAUAUCGUAAGCUCGGUCGUUUAACAGAUGCCAUGGAAUGUUGCGAGGAGUCUAUGAAGAUAGCUAUGCAACAUGGUGAUCGUCCACUUCAAGCUCUUUGUCUCCUGUGCUUUGCUGACAUCCACAGAAGUCAUGGGGACAUUGAGAAAGCAAUUCCACGAUACGAUUCUUCCAUGAGCAUUAUGACGGAAAUUGGUAAUCGCUUAGGUCAAACACUAGUGCUGAUGGGAGUCGCCAAGUGUUGGCUACACCAAAAGGAAAUGGACAAGGCCCUGGAUGGACUCCAGAAAGCCCAGGAGUUGGCAGAAGAGAUAGGCAAUAAGCUCUGCCUGUUGAAAGUUCACUGUUUAAGUGAGAUCAUCUAUCGUACAAGACAGCAGCAACGAGAACUCCGCGCUCAUGUCGUCAGGUUCCACGAGUGUGUGGAGGAGAUGGAGCUGUAUUGUGGAAUGUGUGGGGAAUCUAUUGGAGAGAAGAAUUGCCAGCUCCAGGCAUUGCCCUGCUCCCACGUCUUUCACCUCCGCUGCCUCCAAACCAAUGGAUCUCGCGGUUGUCCCAACUGUCGCCGAUCUUCUGUGAAACCGGGCUUUGUGUGA